AUUUUCAGCAAGAUGGCUGCCUAGUAGCUCCUGGGGAAUUUAGACAAAAAGCUUCAAAUACCUUUUUGAAGUGUUUCAGCUUUACUGUAAAGCUCAGUGCUUACACUGUUGUUGUCAUGGAAACAGGAAGUACUGAUACAUCCAGCCGCAGUUUUACCAAACUAUUCAAGAGUUUUUCACAACCAUCAGUCCCACUUCUGAACGGUUAUGUGGCGCACCAGAUGUAUCAUUCCAACGGCGCUACCGUUACAAAAGUCAGUAAGAUCCUGACAGCACGAAAUGAUCUGGCCAGUGCAGGUUAUCAGAGAGUUGCCGCCGCGGUGAGGAAAGUGAUGGCUGAUUUCAAGCGCCAUAGAAGGAAUGGUAUCAGCCACUGGGACCAAAUGGUUAGCUUUAUGUUUACCCCUUUCUCUGUUCAGCCUUUACCAGACUAUUCACAGCUACUGAGGAAUGAAAUGUUAGGUGAAAUGACUGCUCCUGUGGGUGAUUCAAGUGUAGCAGAAAAUCAAUUAUCGAAACACAAAAAUAUUAUUCCUGGUCAUGAAGAGGAGAAUGAAAUAAGUAUGGAAGUAAAGAGAGAGAUAAUAGAUGAAAGUAAUGACUUUGUAGAAGAUAGGAUUAAGAGUGACAGUGCUGCAAAUAGUCAAUUGGCUUAUUUGGAUGAACACAGUUACUUUAGUUCUGGUUGUGGUUCGCUCGCACACACAUCCCAUGCUAUAGAAGAGGACAGUAGAAGUAUCAUGGAAGUAAAAACUGAGAUGGCAGAGGAAAUGAGUGACUUUGUUGAGGAUAGUGCUGCAAAUUGUCCAAUAACAUUUUUGACAGAACACAAUUAUUUUAUUUCUGGUGGUGAAGAGCCCUCUGCUGUAGAAGAAAUAAAUAAAAAUAGUAUGGAUGUAAAAAGUGAAGUGUUAGAGGAUAGGACUGACUUGGUAGAGGACAGGAGUGACUUUAUAGAGGAUAGGAAUGACUUUAUUGGGGAAAGGAGUGACUUUAUGGAGGAUAGGAAUGACUUUGUUGGGGAAAGGAGUGACUUUAUGGAGGAAAGUAGUGACUUUAUAGAGGAUAGUAAUGACUUCGUGGAAGAUCGGAGUGAAAGUGUGACAAUAUCUGGUUAUAAAUUAAGGGGUAAUAGAUACUCAAGACGUGUUAUCAGGAGUAAGUCAAUAAUCCGUUACAAGGAUAAAAUAAAAAAACUUAGACAGGAAAAAAGAGCCAUGGAUGAGGCCGAAAAGAAAGAGGGUAAAGACAAUUACGCUGUCCCUAUUGAAGUCAGGCAGCAUAACUUAGGGUCUCACUGGCCUGUGUUUGCGGACAACAGAGGAAGGUGCAAGAUGUGCUCCAUCAGGAAAAUACAGUCCAGACCAUUUUCGAAAUGUACUUUCUGUGAUGUUUUUCUGUGUGUGAAUGAAAAGAAAAACUGUUUCAGAGAUUUUCAUCUCUUUUAUUAGAUAGUCGAUAUCCUGAGGACGGUUGAGGGGAACUUAAACGUGCAUUUGCUUAAUUUAUGGAUCACUUUUUUCAUGUUUUUUUUUUCAAUUAUAAAUAAUUUUUGUUUACACAUUUCAAAGACUAAUAACAUGUUUUUUUCUGCAACCUAAUAAGUAUUUUUGUUAAAGAUUUAAUUUCUUUAAAAAUUAAUUUUAAAAUAUGACUUAAUGCAAUGUGUGUCAUGAAACAUUUGAGAAAGAAAAUUUGCUCCAACAGAAAAAUGUAAUAAAGCUUGGUUUUACCAGGCAUAAAAUAAUUCAUUCAGUUGCUAAAUUGUAUGAGAGUUAUUUAAGCCUGAAAAGAUUCACUUCAAUGUUUAAGUUUAGUUUUUUAACCACACAUGAACGUUGUCACAGAGGGCAAAACCAGUGUGAUUUGUGCUAUAUUGGUUGGCAUAAGUUUGAUUUGUGCUAAAUUGGUUGGCAUAAGUUUGAUUUGUGCUAUAUUGGUUGGCAUAAGUUUGAUUUGUGCUGUAAAUGGUUGGCAUAAGUUUGAUUUGUGCUUUAUUGGUUGGCAUAAGUUUGAUUUGUGCUGUAAAUGGUUGGCAUAAGUUUGAUUUGUGCUAUAUUGGUUGGCAUAAGUUUGAUUCGUACUAUAAAUGGUUGGCAUAAGUUUGAUUUGUGCUGUAAAUGGUUGGCAUAAGUUUGAUUGGUGCUAUAUUGGUUGGCAUAAGUUUGAUUUGUGCUAUAUUGGUUGGCAUAAGUUUGAUUUGUGCUGUAAAUGGUUGGCAUAAGUUUGAUUCGUGCUAUAAAUGAUUGGCAUAAGUUUGAUUUGUGGUGUUAAUGGUUGGCAUAAGUUUGAUAUGUGCUGUGAAUGGUUGUCAUAAGUUUGAUUUGUAGUGUUAAUGGUUGGAUGAUACAAAGCAUUAUUGUGAUUACAAAACUUCAUCUAUUCAUGAAAUAGAUCAUCCUAAGAAAAAAAAUGUACACAUGUUGUAAAUUAUGGUUGAAUAAUACAUUACAUUAGUGUUAUUUGUUUUAUAAAUGGUUGGCUGUUGCAAACACUUCAGCAAUUCAUGAAAUUGGUAUCUCUAAAAGGAACAAGUACAAAGAAGCUUUAAAAAAAACACUAAUUUUAAUGUUCCGUGCCGUAAUUGAUUUAUCCUUAACCUUUAACUCUGUUUUACAAUAACAUUACUCAUGUAUAUGGCAUCAAUAAACUUUACA